UUUUAAAAAAGAAAAAAAGAGAAAAAUAUCGAUUAUUUGAGAACCCUAACCCGAUCAAUCUUCUCAGUUUAACAUCAAUCUCCUCUUUCUCUCUCUAUUUUUCUUUGCAUUUGUUCUUGAGGUUUCAGUCUCUUUUCUCUCCCUUCUCUCUUUCUCUCGGUCUCUAAAAUAGGUUCCUCUCUGAUCAGAUCUAUUUCCUUUCCUUCCUUCGGUUGCCUGCAGGUCGAUCGUUACUGAAAGACUGUCAGAAAUUGCCUAACUGAGCUCAGUUUUAAACCUGGUUUUGAAUUAGCAUUAUCCAGGUGGGGUUGAGAAGCCACUUCAGAUAUAUUUUAGAGGAAUAUAUUUUGAUUCAUUUGUCUGGUAAGACUUCAAGAAGUGUAUACAGUGGCAGAAUCUGAAGGAAUGCCUGUAUCAGGAAACGAGGAGACUGCUGUUAAAUCUCUUGUUGGGCAGUCUAGUCUUAAUAUUGCAGGUGUUCCUGUGAAGAAAAGGAGGUUCAUUUGGCCUCUUUCACCUACCCCUGAAGAGCAAUCUUCACUACCUGUAGAAAAUGAUUCUUUAGAGAAAGUACGCAUCAGCCCAUCUCGGGAUUCUGAACUUGUAGAUGCUAGUAUCCCAGGGAAUUCUUCAGUCUCAUCUGAUUUGAACAAGAAUUUUGUACCCGAGGAAAAUAAGAAACCUUUGAAUGAUAAUUUGCCAAAAAAUAGUAUUAACCACUCAAUAUAUAGAAUUGCAGAACCUAGCAUGGCUCAGUCUGAUUCUUUGGGUAAGCUUGACAAUGAUGACGAGAAGCUUGACAAUGAUGACGAGAAGCUUGUGGCAGAGAAAUCAGCUAACAUCCUGACUAAAGUUAAACCCCUUGGUGGUGUUCCUAUGAAGAAAAGGAGGUUCAUUCUUCCUCCUUCACCUGCACCUGAAGUUCAGUCUUUACCAGUUCUGGAAAAUGAUUCUCUACAGAAAGAACAUGGUAGAUUGUCUCAGGAGCCAGCCAUUUCAAGUGCUAGUGUUGCACAAAGUUCUUGCUUAUCUGGUGAAAACAAGAAUUUGUUGCCUGAGGAUAACAAGAUGGUUCCUGAAAGCAUUGUGCAGACCAAUACUAUAAACCACUCUAGAGUUAAAAUUGAAGAACCACUCCACACAAUUCAAUCAGAAUCUUUGGACAAGCUUGACAAUGCGGAGAAGCUUGUGGCAUCAGAAAAAUCUGCAAGUAUCCUUGUAAAAUCUGGCGAAACUGAGUUGAAUUUAGCAACAAAUAAAGCCCCUGCACUUUUUGUUGAUAAAGUCAAAUGUGACCAGCAAAUAGCAGAAGGAAAGUGCAAAGAUAAACCCACCUUUUCUGGGAAUCCUGAAUUGGCAUUAGAUUUGAAAGAUGGUCCUCUGUGUGCUUUGGAGGAUCGAAGUCAUGAUGGGAAUAGUUGUAAUCAUGGCAAUGUAGAACCUGUUUCAUUGAAUUUGUCUUUAAGCAAUGAUGAAAGAAGUACCCAUUAUAAAAUGGAUGAUGUGCAGCCAAAUACUGUGAGUGCUAAUGUCUGUGCUGACAGAUCAAAUUGGGAUUUGAAUACUACAAUGGAUACUUGGGAAGAUUCUGUGAGUGGUGAAGUAGGUGAAGUAACAGCUGAUGGGUUGCAGACAGUUGGUGUCAAACAUCAUAUAGAGCCCUUGAUAUUAACAGGAACAGUGGGAACAGGUGUUGCUACUGAAAAGGAAAUUGUUGAGAGUGAUUUAAGGUCUAAUUUUUCUAGAAUAUCUUCACAAUCUGGCCAACAGUAUAAUUCUGAGGAUUCUCUUCAUUUGCGCCUUAGUCCAUCUUUUCUUUCUUUUAACAAUCAGGAACCUUCUAUUUCAUCUACUAACGGAGACUCCCAGACUGGUAUCAAUAUUAGCCUCCCCAGAGGAUUUUUGUCAGCAGGCAACACAGUUAACUCUAGAACAAUAAAAUCUGAACCAUUUGACGAUAACCUCAAACGUGAUUCUAGCAGAACUGAAGCCAAUCUGACAGUACCAUUAGAUUCUAGAGCAGUGCCAGUGAAGAGUGAAUUAGUUGAGAAGUUUGCUCAGGAAGCCCACGAAGCAUUAAAUUUUAGCACUGUGCUACAAGUUGAUGCUAAAUCUAUGAAAUCUGAAUCAUUUGAUGAAGGUAAUUCAGAAAAACCAAAUACCAUAGAUGCCACAUCACACCAAUCAUGUGAAAGUGCUGGACAGCUUACUCCAGAAAUGGUUUCUCUUCCUGUGAGCCACAGUGGUGAUAACAUUAAUGGUUCUGGUGCAGUGGAUGCUGCAGUUGCUGAGAAGGAAAAUAUAAAUGAUUUUGACCAGUGCAAACUGAAAGUUGUGGAUGGACUUCCCUCUGAUCCACACCAAAAUGGUGAGAGUACUGUAAGUGAUGAGGAAAAGAUUAAUUUGUCAGGUGAUAUGCUAGAAGAAGACUCAUAUGGGACUGAAUACGAAUCUGAUGGUAAUUCUGUGCCCAUGGAUAUAGAAGAAGACGGUCGAGGACAGGAUGACUAUGAAGAUGGUGAGGUCAGGGAACCACAACUGCUUGGUGUAGUAGAGCGUCAUAUAUGUGAGAAAAGAGAAGGCAUUAAUCAUGAUGAUUCUGACAGCAAAAAGGUCCAUUCUGCAAAGCUGCAUCCAGAUGUUCAUCCUACUUCAUCCUAUGUUGAGGGAACAGAAACUACUGCAGAAGAGCCUGUUGAAAUGAAUAAAGAUAAUGUUGAAGAAUGUAUUGACACGAUCCUUGAUUCAAAACCCAUGGAUGAUGCAUCAGCAGUUGAAAUCUCGGCCACUGGAGCUGAUAAAAGGAAGGUAGUCGAGACCGUUCAAAGAAAACCACUUGACUUGUCAGCAGAAAAAGAGGUCGUGAAGAGUCUUGAAACCGAACAAUCACCUGAUCAAGCUAUUGUUGGACGCCAAGUAACUCCAUUGUCUAUUGUUCAAGGUACAGAUGAGAAUGUGAAGACAAAUGAUGUUGAAAGAGAUGAUUCAGCAUUAUCCGAGGUGGAAACAUCUAUAAAUGUUGAUGCAACUAAAGAUGCCAACAGUGGAGUUAAUCAGAGUAGGAUUAUAAACCUGUCUGUAGCUUCUAACAUGUCUUCUUCUGGUAAGACUAGAUAUGUAUCAGGCAAGCCAUUGUCACUGCAUCCUGGAAGAGAGAGAUUACCUGAUGUACCCUUGGAGGGAGAGAAACUACAUCCUCGAGGGAGGGAUGAUCCUUAUGAGGGUUCACGCAGGUUCUCAAGAGAAAGGUUUCAAGAUCAGUCAUCCAGAAGCUCUAGAUGGAAUUAUGUCCAUGCUAGAGGGAGGCUUGCUAGUAGGAUUGACGCUGUGUGCAGUGAUAGAGAUUCUGAACGUGAUUGCAUUCCAAGACAUAAAUAUGCUUCUGCAGUUGCUGGGUCAAAUUCUGAAUUCUUGAAUUAUGAUAUUGGACCAGAUGGUGCAUUUGUUGGUUCUGUUCGAGGAGGGAGAAAGAUACUGGAAGAUGAGACAUCGAUUUUCCGAAAUCUAUCUUCAAGGAGGCGCUCUCCUGGGGCGAGAGAUGGACCUGCCUCACAUGGAUUUCAGAUGGUUCGAAGAGUUCCAAGAAGCAUUGAUGAAGACAAUUCUAAAGUUGUUGGAGUAAGGCAUGCUGAGAAUAUUAUGAGGGGAUUUCCUGAUGACGGUGAAGGACAUGCAUAUACGCGUCCCCAACCUCCCUACGAGGGAUUAGAUGGUCGCUUUGUACAAGGGCCUAGGAACUUUUCUUCUGUUCAGAGAAGGGGCCUUCCUCAAAUGCGUUCAAAAUCUCCAAUUAGAUCUCGAUCUCCUGGUCCAUGGUCAUCAUCUAGGAGAAGAUCUCCAGAUGGAUUUGGUGGCCCCCCAGAAUUGCCCCACCGAAGAUCACCAAUUUACCGGAUGGAGAGGAUAAGGUCACCUGAUAACCCAGGUUUUCCUGCAGAGAGAGUGUCUAGGAGGCGUGGUUCCCCACCGUAUUUGUCCCGUCCUAAUGAUUUGAGGGAUAUGGAUCCCGGCAGGGGUCAUGGUCAUCCAAGAUCUAUCAUAUCUAAUAGGAGCCCAACUGGCCGGAUUUUUCUUAGAAACAGGAGAUUUGGUGCCGGUGAUCAUAGAGAAAGGGCAGAGAAUGAUGAGUUUUAUGAGGGACCCAUGCAUCCUGGCCGGUUUCAUGAGCUUGGUGGCGAUGGAAAUGGUGAAGAGAGAAGGUUUGGUGAGAGACGAGCACCUGUUCGUUCAUUUAGGCCUCCUUUUAGUGGUGCUGAUGGUGAAAAUUUUCCUCUCAAUACAGGGGAUGGGCCUAGGUCCUUUAGGUUCUUCCCUGAAAAUGACCAGGACUUCCAUGAGCGAGCUAAUUUGAGGGAAAGGGAUUUUGACAGGCGGAUCAAGAACCGUCAAGGAAAUGCACCUAGAAGACCAAGAAGCAUUGAAGAGCAAGAGGGAAAUUACCGGCAUGGAGGACAGGUUAUGUAUGACGAUAGUUUUGAUGAUAUGUCACGAGUGAAGAGGAAAAGAUUUUGACUAGAUUAAUCUACAUUUCAUUAAGCUAGAUCCUGGACUACUUAGUGAACAAGGAACCAGAAGGCAGAAUAAUUCUGGUAAUUACAGCUGGAUAUAGGAAUAGCAAGUUGCUGUUUUCUUUGUAGUUCUCAGCAAAUCUGUGAUUAUGGUAUGGAUGGUAGCUUGAUUUAAGACCAGUGACUUGCAACACUGGAUGAUUGAUGUGUCUUGUACAUACCAUGGGUCUUCUCACGACUUCUCUACCAGUUCCUUAAUUUGCUAAUUCUGGAUGUUAGCAGCACUUCAUCAAAAGUUUCACUUGAGCAAGUUUUGUACUGUUAUACUUAUGGUGGCACUUUAUAUAUUUUAAGGGUCAUUUUGGCAAAAUAAUUUUUUGUUAUGUUC